AAAAAUUGUAAGAAAAUUGCGAAGCAUCUUUUAAAUAAAUACGUGAUCGUGGUCACCAGCUCGGAAAGCCAAACAUCAACGGCAGGUCCCGCUUGGUUGCACCCUCCACUUGGAGGCAUAUCGGACUUAAAUGCAGAGCAAGGGAUCGAGCUCUAGGCUUUCCACCAUGGCCUAUCGGUCCCGGAUGCCAACUCUUCUGAUCUCCAUGUUCGCUAUUUUUGCUUCUAUCUACGUCGCUGGAAGGCUAUGGCAGGACGCAGAGAACAGGGUGUAUCUGAUUAGAGAACUUGACAGGAUAACUGGGCAGGGGCAAUCUGCUAUAUCCGUGGAUGAUACAUUGAAAAUCAUAGCCUGCAGGGAGCAACAUAAGAAGCUUGAUUCCCUUGAAAUGGAACUUGCUGCAGCUAGACAAGAAGGCUUCGCUUCAAAGCAUUUGACUGAGACUAAUGGGACUUACUCUAGGAGAGGGCCCUUGCUAGUGAUUGGCAUAAUCACAAGGUUUGGCCGGCAGAACAAUAGAGAUGCAAUCCGUAAGGCAUGGAUGGGAACAGGUGCAGCUUUGAAGAAAAUGGAGGAUAAUAAGGGCAUCGUUGCACGAUUUGUUAUUGGAAGAAGUGCUAAUCGCGGCGACCAACUGGAUAGAGACAUUGAUCGUGAAAAUAGACAGACUAAUGAUUUCAUGAUCCUUGAUAACCAUGUGGAGGCUAAUGAGGAGCUCCCGAAGAAGGCUAAGUUGUUCUUUGCUCUUGCUGCAGAUAAAUGGGAAGCUGAGUUUUAUGCUAAAGUCAAUGACGAUGUUUAUGUAAAUAUUGAUGCAUUGGGAGCUACACUUGCAACUCAUUUAGACAAACCUCGUGUUUACAUAGGGUGUAUGAAGUCGGGCGAAGUAUUCUCUGAACCGAAUCACAAAUGGUAUGAACCGGAAUGGUGGAAAUUUGGGGACAAAAAAUCAUAUUUUCGCCAUGCAUCAGGAGAGAUGUAUGUCAUAUCUCGUGCUUUGGCUAAAUUCAUAUUAAUUAACAGAUCAAUUCUUCGUACCUACGCCCAUGAUGAUGUCAGUGCUGGAUCCUGGUUUCUUGGGCUUGAUGUGAAGCAUGUUGAUGAGGGGAAGUUUUGUUGCUCAUCUUGGUCAUCAGGAGCAAUAUGUGCGGGUGUCUGAAUUGAUUGGUUGUCCCCAUGGAGUUUUGAUAUUCCUCAGAUCCGUCUGACAAAAUAGUUUAUGUUACGAACUGAACUUACUUAGCGGAUUGUUGAGUUACAAGUUCAGCAGGCAUUGAUGACUUAGGUUAGGUUUGCUUGCUAAAAUAUAACGGAAUGAAGUGAAUUGAAAAAAUAAAGAUAAAAAUAAAAUGAUUAAGGGGAAUAGGUAAGUACAUUCAUGAGAGAAAGUGGUAAUUUAAUUCAUGAGGUUGGGAAUCAUAGCUCAUAAAAUUUUUAGAGGGUGUAAUGAUUUUCACAUUUGUAACAUAUAUUAAUGAACUUUAUCGUACUUAUUAUAAAGAAAAACAUGAUUUAGUUCAUUUUUAUAUUGAUUUUUUCAAUUCAUUCCAUUCCAUUCCAUUCGAGUAAACAAACAUGACCUUAAGGUUUGCAAUACAGUGCUGUUAUAGAAGCUCAGCUUUCCUCGGGGGGUUGGUUUCCAUUGUUCUUUCAUUCGUUGAUGGUUGAAGAACCUCCCAAUUUUCAUUAAGUAUUAUAAUUAAAUAGUAUGCUGUGUUGACGGGUCGCC